AUGUUUCCUGCUAAUGUAACCCAAACGGAUGUACAAUAUUAUAAUGGUGACAGUGUGGAUGAUUACGAUGAAGAACUUUACGAUGAAACAGGAACAGAAGAUGGUGUUGAUGAUUCGGAGAGUGAUAUGUACAGCAACACGAAUAUGGAGAUGGACUCAACAUAUGAAGGAUUAAACACCCCUGUAUCAAAUAAUACAUUCUUAGAAAAUUACAAAGAAUUAAAAUUGGGGGAAAUAAAAUAUUUCAAUAACAUUCUGAACGGCCGCAGUUAUCGCAACCCCUUUACGGUUAGAAUAAAAAAUAAGAUGGGAAACAUUCGGAGUGUCAUGCUUAAAUAUAGAAUAUUCUCUCCAGUAGCAAUUGGAACAGUUCUUACAUUAUUGUUAUUAUGUUUUCCGGGCAAACUUGCGUUCAUAACGGGAAGUGCAACUAUUUUAAUCAUAUCAUAUUUUUUUGUUAAAUUAUGGAAAUGUCAAAAUAUAGUUGAUCAUGAGGACGGUAUCCCAGAAUUAUAA